AUGAUAUUACAAAUGAUUGGUCAAUUAUUUUCAGCGUACUUACUCCAAAAUGUCAGGGCAGAAUUUGUCAAAGCUUUUUGAGUUCUUUUCUCUUAUCGGACAAUUAAAGAGAAUACAAAGGACAGGAUGGGUUUUACGGAAAGUCAAUCACCCAGAGAGUGUUGCUGAUCAUAUGUACAGAAUGUCUGUGUUAUCUAUGCUGAUUGACGAGAAAUCAGGGCUCAAUAAGGAAAGGUGCAUGAAGAUGUCCCUGGUUCAUGACAUGGCAGAGUCCAUAGUGGGAGACAUCGCACCAACAGACUGUGUGGACAGGCAGGAAAAACACAGGAAGGAAAAGACUGCGAUGACCCACAUUUCCAGCCUGGUCAGUGAGGACGUGGGACUGGAGCUCCUGCAACUGUGGACUGAGUAUGAAGAACAGAAGACAGCCGAGGCACAGUUUGUAAAGGACCUCGACUGCUUUGACAUGGUCUUCCAGGCCUUUGAAUACGAACAGACGGACAAACGACCAGGCAGUCUGCAGGAAUUCUUUGACUCCACUGAAGGGAAGUUCAAAUCUCAGACUGUGCAGGGCUGGGUCAGUGAACUGUACAGAAUUAGAGACCAGUCAAAUGUACCGACACAUUCGAGUCCCCAUGUGACACACGCAGGUGCCAUGAACACCAAAACCUCAGCCACUGUGAGGCCAUUUUGUGUUGAUCGAAAGGAGCAAGACAGCUAGCAGGAGAAUUGUGACAUCCUUAGAAAAUCUUGCGACAAAAGCCAUUCAACUGCGUUUUCGCUUGUCGCAUGCAUUUCACGGGGCCUUUAAGCACCGUUGUGCCUGAAUUUACAAAAUAAGAGUAUUCUUGUGCUUAAAACAAGAAACCAUCGGAGACGGGUGAUGCUCCCCAAAGGUUUUUUUUGUCACAAUAUUGCACUAUAUAUUCAGAUGAAAGGAAAUGUCUUGAGGGGCAUUACUUUGGACAAAAUAAUACGAUGGAUUGUUUAGCAAUUUAAAAAUUUCAAAGGGCCAUAACUCUCUAAAUAAAUCAUCUAACCAGAACCCACUAAUAACAUGCGCAUCUCCUCAAGGUAGUUAAGCUUCCCAUAAAGCUUCAUUGAAGUUCAGUCUGUAGUUGGGGAGAAAUAGCCCGGACAAGAAUUGCACUAUAUGUACUGAGUUUAUAGAAAAUUUCAACGGGCCAUAACUCUGUGAAAAAUCAUCCGACCAUAACUGGCUGAUAAUAUGCACAUCUCCUGUUGGUAGUGAAGCUUCCCAUAAAAUUUAAUUGAAUUCCGGUCAUUUGUUGCUGAGAAAUAGCCCGGACAAGAAUUGCACUAUAUGUACAGUUAAUGGAAAAUUUCAAAGGGCCAUAACCAUGUAGAAAAUCAUCCGACUAGAACCGGCUGAUAAUAUGCACAUCUCCUCUUGGUAGUGAAGCUUCCCAUAAAGUUUCAUCGAAUUCCGGUCAUUAGUUGCUGAGAAAUAGCCCGGACAAAAAUUGUGCAUGGACAAAGCGGCGACUAUUUGCUCCCCCCCAAAUUUUUUUAGGGAGAGCAUAAAAAAGGGUACCCCUGUGCUUGAAUUUUCAAUUCAGGUAUACCGCUGCACCCAAACUUCAAAUAGUUAUCUGUGUGUGCUUGUAUUAGAUCAGGAGUAAUGUAGAAAUUAAUGUGGGACAAUUCAAUUAAGAAAACGAUCGAACCAAUACCAAGUAUCAGUCUGCACCCAUGUGCCUUAGAAAAUCUUGGGAAAAGGCUCGAGUGCCAUGAACAGCAAAACCUCAACAACUGAAAGGCAAUUUUGUGUUGAUCAAAAGGAAAAAGACAGCUAGCUGGAGGAUUGUCUCACCUUUGAAAAUCCGGUGAAAUUAGCCAUUCUACUGCAUUCUCAAAGAAGGUUGUGGGUAUGGAUAUGUGAUUAAGUGCUUUCCAACUCUUGGUGAUCAUGUUGUUAUACCUUGGUGUCCUGAGAUCUUAAGUUAUUGUGGUGUGUUAUGUGAGCCUUGUUCUUGGAAAAGGGCUUAAUGCAUGUACAUAAAGUGCAGUCUCACAUUAGCCUGUGCAGUCCACACAGGCUUAUCAAUGACCACACAUUCCGUAUUAACUUAAUUUUCGUUAAGAACAAACAAAAAAUACCAUAAAAGCAAUAAGUGUUUUCCCUAAUUUUGGAUGACACUUUAUGCACAUGCAUUGAGUCCUGUUUUCCGAGAGCUCCGCUGAUAUAUUUUUGUGCAGUAUUCUUUUAAUGAGUAUUUUCUUAUUGUGCAUCACUCUCCAUGUGUUCCAGGUCAGAGAUGCAGGUCAACACUAUAUUCAUGGCAUGAUAAGUACAAUUCAAUAUGUUGAAGCAGUGUAUUAACAAACAAAAACUGGACAGCUAUACACUAAAGCUUGCUCCACUUUUAGUCACAUUUUUUGCCAAAUCAUACAGUAAUCAAACUUGGUCAGAACAUUCGUCCCAAUGAUAUUUCAGCUUAGAUCAAAACUGAGUUAAGGCCCAGACUCACUAUGAUGCCGGUGGAGCCCUGGUGUGUGAUCUGGGAUCUACCGGGAUGAACCGGGUACAACCGGGAACAAUAGGGGCUCCACCGGAAAAGUAUAAAAAUGUUUUAUACCUCGGGGAUGAACCGGGAAGGACCAGCGUGGCACCUGCAACAACCGGGACAGAACCGUAGCUCCACCGGGCACAAACAGACCCCGGCAAAGAUAUGGCAACGCCCCUGUUGUCGCUGGUGUUGCCCUUGUGGAGCCCCGGUGAAUGCCAGCAGAGUCCCGUUUUAGCUACGGUACAUGGGUAAACCGGCGCUCUGAAGGGACGCCACCUGCAUUCACCAUCGCUCCGGCUUGGCAUUACCAGCGACGACCAGGGUUGAACUGGGGCAUUGCUGUAGCUCUGUCAGGGUCUGAUGCAGGUAUAGCCCGGGUGAGUGCCGCUGGAGUUACGGUAUACCCGGGCGCUGCCGGCUUUCUCCUGGGCUCCACCUGGGCAUUACCGAUGACAACCAGGGCUCUGCCGGGGCUUCACUGGGAUAAACCGAAGCUAGUCCGGGUUUGACCGGGACUCUGCCGGGUUGUUGUCAGGCUUCAACCGGGGCGGAACUGGGAAAUAGUGUGACUGCGUUAAAAAAUUUCUACUAAUCAUCCCGGUUCUUGCCGGUCGACCAGCGUCAGCAAACCGGGAUGGACCGGGGCUCUACCGGAAAUAGUGAAACUUGGGCUUUCCAUGGGUCAAACAUUAGGUCAUUAAGUCAAAUUUUUUAAAAAGCAUGUAAAGUCCCUUUAGUUUUCAAAUCUUCAUGAAACUUGCUCAGAACAUUAAAAAAAGGCUGUACAUAUGUAUUGUCAUGAUAUCUGGACUGAGUUUCAAAAUGAUUGUAGUUUCUUAUAAAAUGGUGUUGGUACAGUUUUCUAUAAAACGUAUUUGGUGAAAUGUUGUGAACACUUCCUUGUAAGAACAGUUUAGUUGAUUGUGGUUUCCGGUGAGCACCAUUAGGCCUUGGCCCUCUUGUUUUAGUUAAAUCACCUGUCCUUAAAGUUUGGUUGUUUUUUGUCCACAAACUGGUCCCCUUUGUGUGUGUUUUUCAAAGUUUCCUCUGACCUUCUGAGCCUGAAGCUGCAUUAUGUGGGGACUCGAAUGUGCUUCAACCUAAUCAAAUUACUAGACUCACCACAGUUGGGACGAAUUUUGAAUUAACGCUGCAAUUUCCAGCUAUUUCUAGUUGUAACUUUUUUUCAAUGUUGGUAUGGACUUAUGUUGUGGGGGGAUAUUGGGGAGUCUGGUAUGGUGACCACCAACCAAACUCACAUGCUUCCGGGAACUGUUAAUGGACCAGGGCCUAGGUGAGAAGCAAGUGAACCAACCACUGUGCAAACCGGACAGCCCUGGUCACCCUAAUUCAUUUAGCUCUUUGCUGAACACUGUCCUGUUAUUGUAAAAUUUGGGCUGAAAUAUCUAAAAAUUUUUUUGCUUCUUACCACUCUUAUUGUGUGUGUUUAUUACUCUUAAGAAAUUCUUAAAUAUCAAUUCCCAAUGUUUAAGAUGAUCGCAUUCUCUCGGGCCCUUUAAGAUCCCACCCAUUUACCAAUUUUUCAGGCAUCACAUUGACAGCCUAAAUUAGGUGAUUUUUCUCUAGUUAUAAGAUAGUUGGUGAUUUCUAAGUCUAGCUGUAUAUGUACUGAUGUGUUUUCCAUUUUUGUGAAAAAAGUAAUUAUUUUUCAAUUGAUUUUUUGUGUACUCCGGAUUUUGUUAAGACUAUGUUUUUUGUUUACAAAGAAGAACUAUCGUGAGGUAUUGUUUUACUGGAAAUUCAUACCUGUAUUACCUGUAUGUUCUGCUGCUUUAACAUUUUAUUGUCCAUUUUGUUUAAAACUUUUUAUACAGUAUGAUAUUGUACAUAUAAUUAUAUAGAAUAAAACAGAAUCAGUACCGAAGAUUUGCAAAAUUGCUGAUGGAUAAUUAUGUAGAAUUAAAAUGCCUUUGCAACAUACAUGUAAUAGGAUAAGGAUAACACAAAAAGAGUUAAUGAAUCUGUAUACUUAUAACUAGCAUUUAAUCAUUUUGUUUUUGCAUUUUUUGUUGGUUUAUCAAAUGUUGUAUAAGCCGAUUAUUUGUGAAAAAAAGAUAAAAAUAAUUCAGGAGAAACAUGAACAAGAGUUUCGUUUUUCCAUUAAGAAACAUUUUAUAGAAAAAGAAUAUGCGCAUAGUAACAAACCUUUACAACUAACCAGAAGGGCCGAUACUAUGAGAAACGAUGUAGAAGAUACUGAUUACUACAUGGAGCUUAGUUUUAUGCAGCUUUUGUUGUUAAGUCCAAGAAUACUCCUCAAACUAUUAAUUGACAUUUAUUUCAGGUAUUUUUCAAUCUUUUCACUUAAAAUAUUAAUAUGUUUUUAUAAAGAGGGCCGACACUACGGAUACACAUGCUACUAGUAAUUGAAAUAACUUCGAUUAAAAGUGUAACAAAAGGAUUUUUAUUUCUUAAAUUAUGAUUGAUUAUUACCGAUACCUAGAAACAAAACAGAUAUUUCAAACAGUAUUCUUAAUCAGGGAUGUUCUUUUGCUUGUCUGAAUAGAAUGCAAUUUUUUUCUUGACUGUUGUUGCAAAGACGUAUAGAAUACAC